CUCUAACUCUCAAAUUUAACCAAUCUUUCCAUUUAAGCGGUUACCAACCGGUAACCCUCCCAUAUUGAUGAAGUGGAAGCCACCUGGACAUUUUUUUAAUUAUUUUCAUUUUUCUUUUCUUUUAUCUUUUUCUCUUAAUUAUUUCCCCCUUUCUCAGGUUCGUGACAGCCCCUGGUUCCCCCUUUCUUCUCCCCCUUUUUCUUCUUGUCUUUUUCUGUACUCCAUCUUUCCCGUCUCUCCCUGUGGCAUGUACAGACCUCCUUCCAUUUUUCUCCCCCCCCCCUCCCAUCUCUCUCUGCAACACUUCCCCUUCCUUUUCCGUUUUGUCUUUUUCAUCAUCCUCCCUAGUUCCUCCCUCCCCUCUCUCACCAGACACCAAGUCAGGCAGUCACCAUGCGGUACUUCCCUUUCUUUUCUCCCCCCUCCUUUAUCCCGUUUCUUUCUUGUUAAUUCGAUGGUUUAUUCCUUUCCAUUCUUCUCCGUUGGAACCUGGAUUGCGGCCUUCGAAAUCGAAGAGAUCUUCCAUCUGCAAAAUCGAGUCUUAAUCGACGGCGGACGGCGGCAGCGCGUGAUAGGAAAGCAGGGGAAGAGAAUUAAAUCGGAAAAGAAAAGAAAACGAAAUGGAAAAGAAAGAAAGAAAGAAAGAAGUCAUUGCUAAGUCCAUGGAAGAGGGAAGAGAAAGAAUGUAAGAAACCGGAAGAGAGAAAAACGGGAAAAUAAAUGGAAAAGAAAGAAGAAAGAAGAAAGAAGCCAUUAUUAAGGGCAGGGAAGAGGGAAGAGAAAAAACGGGAAAAUAAAGAAAGUAAAAAGAAGAUAGAGAAAAGGCCACAUGUACCUCCACAUCAGCAACCACAGGUUCUUCUCAUCCACCCCGGCUAAAAAGCCGACUAAAUUUUAAUAGUUAGUGAACUUAAUUGAUUCAUUUUAAUGUAUGUGGACUCAAUUGACUUUUUUUUUUCAAAUUCAUAAUUAUGUAGUACGGAGUAUUAAAAAAAUACUAUAGAGCUCUUCUAAAACCAACUUUUAGCAUGACGGCGUGGAUAAUAAAUAGACAGGAAAUUGAACAUCAUGGAAGUAAAGUUUCCUUCAUAAAAUUGUUUUAAAGAUGACCUUUGAUGAAAAAGAUCUUGAAAACACAUGUGAUAGCUGAGAUCUCAUUAUUGUUUUAUGCGUGACAAUGAAACUCCUAGAUAUUGCCUUGAUAAGUAUUUCCAUGAAUUAUUUCACCCUGCCUAUUCAAAAUAAAGAAAUUUCGUAAAUAUAAUCUAAAAAUAAGUGAAGAAUCUGUGAAAUAAUGUUGUCUUUCUAGAAUUAAAAAAUUCAAUCGACCGAACAUAUGGUGCACGUUUACAGUAUAACCUCAAAAUCAUGAAAAAUCCAAUCCAAUGGAUUUUGUUGAGGACAUGGUUUCUUGCGCGGCAGAAAAAAUUCGCAACAUCAUUAAGCUUUUAUUUCUUGCAGUAACUUCAUAAUUUUAACCGGACAAUGAAUGAAAUUUGAUGCUAAAGUUAGUGUUUUAUAUACACUUAUUAUACAGCAUCACCAGUCGGUUAUCCAUGAGAGAGUGGCCUAUGAACGUGGAAUUGAUUUUCAAAACUGCAGAAAAAUUGCUUUGUAAAUGCUUUAAACUGCCACAUCUAAUAUACACGUGAUGCAAGACACCAACAAUUUUUCGGCAAAAUAGACCUGGCGGGAACAGUUAUUGGACUGACGGUCCCCUUUUUAUAUAUAAAGAUUGUAUACAAACAGCACAUCCAAAACUUGAAGCAUAAAUCAGCCACUGAAUAGAAUAGACUAAACUAGAUCAGACUUGGAGAGAUAUAAAAUACGGAUUACAAAGUAACCAGAUCUAAAAAGAAAACAAGGAUUACUUUAAGGUAAUGUUUAAAAAAAUAAAAGUCGAAUCAUAAGAUGAAAUGAUACUCCGUAUAAAACAACGAUUUUGUUAACACAAUGAGCAAUUUUUCAUAUACAAAGUGAGAAAAAUUAAAGUAACCAGAUCACUUUAAGAAGUACAAAGUGAGAAUUAUUAAGUCACCCACUUUAUGAUAGGUAAUGUUCAAGCCUUUAUAUAUUCAAAUUGGAACAAAUUUAAAUAAUUCAUAACAAUUAGAGCAG